AUGGAUUGGAGGAAGACCUAUGGUGAUGUGGUGUACCUGCAAAUAUUCAACAGGCCCACCAUCGUACUGAACUCCGCCAAAGCUAUGGACGAGCUCCUCAACAAGUAUGGCUACAAGUACUCGGACCGACCGAGAACUCUUCUUAUAACUGAGCUGAUCGGCUUCACCAACAAUGUUACCAUCAUGCCCUACGGAGAGCAGUGGCGCUGCCAGCGCCGCUGGUUCCAAGCUGCCCUUCAAUCGGCCUCUGCGCUCGAAUCGUACAUUCCCGUCCAGCGCCGCGAGUCGGUCAGGCUCCUCGCGGGACUUGUCAAUGCGAGCCAGUCCCUCGAAUAUAAAAUCGGGGACCAGGAGUGCAAAGCACUCUUCGUUGGGCUUAAGCGCUACGUGGGUGCUGUGAUGGUCGACAUCAUGAUUGCUUACGGGCACGGCGUGCUCUCCCAUGAUACUCAGUUCAUGGACCUCGCAGAGCUUGCCGUAGCCGGUAUAGUAGAGGCCGGUAGCGCCGGUGCGAGCCUAGUCGACUUCUUCCCGGUCUGUGAGUCGUCAUCAGGAAAGCGUCACCGUGCCUAA